AUGGCGGCGCCUACAUGCAAAAUGGUUGCUCGUCCUCUACGACAACUUUUCACUCAUAUUUCAGGUACAGGAGCUCAUAGAACGGUCUGUCGGAAACUGUCACUCACUGUCCCAGGAGCCAGCUUGCUAAGGUCCAAAGAGGCGGUAACGCCGUCUCAAUGGCAGCUGCAUGGAGCAGUUUGUCUACAAAGGUUGCCAGUAAUUUCUCAGGAUCGGCACCCGAUAGAGGAUGAGUUCGCUAAGUUAAUGCACCAGAUAGAACUGGAGAAGAGCCUGCUGUCAGACCACGAGCUGCGGCUGCUCGAGGACGCAGAACGUGCGAGCCGCAAACAGGAGGAAGACUAUGACUCUGAUGAAGAGGAAGAUUCUGGGGGUCAGGAAAUCAUCACAGCUCAGGACAUGGAGGACACGUGGGAACAGAAGCUGAAGCAGUUCCAUCCAGCAGCACGGUUUACAGAGGCAGCUGAGAUGGACACGAGCUCUGUGGACCGCUGUCUUAGAGACAGCCUUGUUCUGCUGGUGAAGAAGCAGGUUGGCAAUAAGGAGCUAUGGCUGUUGCCCCAACUGCAAUGGGAGGCCGGAGAGACUCUGCGGCAGACCGCUGAGCGUGCCCUCACCAGCCUGCCAGGUGCAGAUUUUAAGGCGUCGUUCCUUGGCAACACACCCUGCGGAGUCUACAAGUAUAAAUUCCCCAAGGACAUCCGCACUGAGGCCUGUGUUGGAGCCAAGGUAUUUUUCUUCAAGGCGCUGCUAUCGAGCUGCGAUCUCUCACAAACUCAGAAAGGGGCCUUCAUGUGGGUGAAGAAGGGGGAACUCCAGCAGUACCUCAAACCAGAGUACCUGAAACAGGUGAACCGCUUUGUCAUGAGCAUAUAAAAUGGACUGUUCUGUGCAGAAGAGGAAGAGAGAGCCUCCCCAAAGGCCAACCAGAAGUGACUGGCCCCAUGAAGGAAGAGCCUCCUCCUGCUUUAUUUCUCAACUUUUCACAGUGCGGUUUCCCCUCUUACUUUGACAGCGCCCACACACCAACUGCGUAAACUUACUGAAUUAAAAUAUCACCUUUUUUGCAAUGUAUGUCUUGUGUCAUGUGCUGUUUCUGAAUGUCACCAAUAUUGUGUGGAUAAUCUUGGUAUGUGAAGAGGUGGAUGCCUGGUAUCGUUGACACUCCACAAGUAAGGCCAUUGGGUGCCAUUUAUGGAUGGAAUGCAUUUUCAUAUGUGUCAUGUCCUAAUUGCAAACCAGCCUGUUACUGUUAGGGAUGUGAUAGUAAAUUGCCCUCAGUAUACAUUCCAUAUCUUACUCAGCUGCAUUGCCUGUAGGAUAAGGAAGCAACUUUAACUGCUGCUGCACAGAAGCUCAACAGGACCAGGUUGCUGAGAGUCAAGGAGCCACAAACCUAAAUCCCUGAAAGAAUCUCCAGCCAAGCUGUAGUCAGUUUUGAACAUUUCCCCAAUAUAGCCCAGACCUUUAUUUUCAGAGGCCAGAUUCUAGACCAUCAUACUUUGUCCUGAGUCUCAAAAAUGCCAUAUACUAUGCAGAGUUCAUUACUUUUUUAUAUAGCAAGUAAUUUAUUAAUAUUAAAUUUGCAAUGCAUACUUAAGUACCUAAUAAAAGAAAAAUACAA